CAGUAAACCUAUACCUGUAAUGCUAGUAACUACGUGGAGUGUAUAGGUAUAUUAGUUGCCACUUCUGUAUAUAGGUACACAGAACGGCGGAGGUGUCUACUUUCUAUUUUUUCAUUCCUACCGCUCAAGUGCUGAACGUAGUCGUAUAGUAUUAUUGUAAUAUACAUUGACACGUUAUUUUACUUACGUCGCUAAAACUCAAUAAACAUUAUUUUUUGCUUUAAAGUAUAUUUUAUAAUAAGCAUUAAUACGAUAUACUUCCAAACGCCGCAUCAUGACGUCGUAUAAAUUGACGUAUUUUAACCUAACGGCUCGGGCUGAACCGAUCCGAUUUCUCUUAUCAUAUCUAAACGUCGAUUUUGAAGACGUUCGAUUUGAAUUUGAAGAAUGGCCAAAGAUCAAAUCUACCAUGCCGUUUGGCAAAGUCCCGGUAUUGGAAAUCGAUGGAAAACUAGUUAAUCAGUCUGUAGCCAUUUGUCGAUACUUAGCGAAAAAAGCCGGGUUGGCCGGUGGUGAUGAAUGGGAAUCGUUAUUAAUUGACGUUGCUGUUGAUAACAUUUACGAAAUAAGACAAGAAAUCAUGAAUUAUUAUCACGAAUCAAACGAGGAAAUCAAAACAAAAUUGCGUGACUCUAUUGUGAAUAAUUCAAUUCCAUUCUACUUUGACAAAUUUGAAAAAAUUGUUUCUGAAAACGGUGGAUACUUUGUAAAUGGAAAGUUGUCUUGGCCUGACUUAUACUUUGUGUCAAUUUUGGAUCACCUAAAAUCUGUAAUCGAUGUCGACCUAGUUGAUGGCCGUCCACAUCUUACAGCUCUUAAACACAAAGUUUUGGCUAUUCCUCAAAUAAAAUUAUGGAUUACUAAACGACCAAAAAGUUUAUUAUGAAAAUAUUUAUUCAUAUUAUUUUUUUGUAGACGAAAAUAUGCCUACUAUAGCAAAAGUCAACUAUAAGUACCAAAAUUAAUUAUGAAUACUAUAAUU